UGUUCAGAUUUUACAACUGACCCCUGUACAACUGACCCCAGUCUCCCCUGGUAAAGGUUUACAUUACUACCAGAUCCCUGACACAUUUUGCUACCAGCUGUUCGGAGUAAACUGCAUCUGAAAUGAAGUUCUUCAAAUAAUGUUUCUUUUGCUGCCCUGGAAAACAUCUCGAGAGGACCUAAGCAGCUCCAGCACCAGUCUGCGGGCUAAGAGGUGUCACGUGUUCGAGCCAAUUCAUCGAGAAUCUCGUGAAAACGGUGGAAACUGUUUCUCAGGAAGGUUAGGGGGCUGACGCAAAAGAUUAUUCUAUUCAGAACAGCCCUGCUUUCUGCAGAGAAAACACGGGAUGUGACUCGGACCCGAAGCACAAGGCUUUCAUCCAGCCCUGUGGGAAGUUUCCUUGAAGCCCAGGCAGCUGCUGCGCAGGAGAGCAGCUGAUUGUGUAGCGCGAGGAAAAGUCCAGCUCUUAUACAACACCCGGACAGCACGCGCACGAGCGGCUCUUAAACACUUCCUGCUGGAAGAUCUUGGGUGUCUGCAUCAAUGGCAAGAAACUUCAUUAGGGAAAAUGGAACUUUUUUGAGGAGGAUGGACCCACCGAGAAAAGCCACUUGGUCACCAGAAAAUGGGAUUACAUUGAGAAGGCAGCGCUCAUGCUGUUCCAGCCUAAAAAUGUUCCUUGUAGCUUUGUCCUUUGCAUACUUUUCAAAGGCUUUAUCUGGGAGCUAUAUGAAAAGCACAAUAACUCAGCUGGAGCGGCGCUUCGACAUCCCCAGUUACUUAAUAGGUAUCAUUGAUGGCAGCUUUGAAAUAGGUAACUUGCUGGUUAUUGCCUUUGUCAGUUACUUUGGUGCCAAGCUUCAUCGACCAAAAAUCAUUGCCACUGGAUGUCUUCUGAUGUCACUGGGGACAUUCCUAAUUGCACUCCCUCAUUUUAUUAUUGGACGAUAUAAGUUUGAAACAUCAGUUAGAUCUUCAGUGAACUCAACACACAACGUCACACCAUGUCCAGCCAGUCCACCUAGAAUGCUGUCUGUGGGUAACCAUCCCUCCACAGUGUUAAACACAGGUUGUGAGAAUGAGUCCAGAUUGUCCAUGUGGAUCUAUGUAUUACUGGGGAACAUCUUGCGUGGAAUUGGUGAAACUCCAGUACAGCCUUUGGGAAUUUCAUACAUAGAUGAUCAUGCUCUGGAGGACAAUGCUGCCUUCUACAUUGGGUUUGUUCAGACAAUAUCGGUCAUUGGCCCAGUGUUUGGCUACCUGCUUGGAUCUCUUUGUGCAAAGUUAUAUGUGGACAUUGGAUUUGUCAACAUGGAGGGUAUUACAAUCACACCAGGAGAUGCACGCUGGGUGGGGGCGUGGUGGCUGGGCUACCUCAUAGCAGGGCUCAUCACACUGUUGUCAGCUGUGCCUUUGUGGUUCAUGCCCAAGUCUCUCCCUGUAUUAGAGAGUCAAUUGUCCAAGUGCUCCCCCGAGCAGACCAACUUUAUCAAAGACUCACACGUUGUGCACCACAAAUGCCAGGCAGAUGAGGCCACCAGUUUUGUUAUAUUGGCCAAAGAUUUUUUGCCAACACUGAGAUCUCUCCUGGGGAACCCAGUCUACAUUUUGUACCUCUGUAUAACGAUCAUCCAGUUUAAUUCUUUGAUAGGCAUGGUCACAUAUAAACCAAAAUACAUAGAGCAACAUUACGGGCAGUCAGCAUCCAAAGCCAACUUUUUGAUGGGAAUGAUCAACAUCCCAGCUGUUGCCUUAGGAAUGUUCUCAGGGGGAGUGCUUAUGAAGAAGUUCAAGUUGGGCAUCAUGGGAGCUGCCAAGUUUGCAAUGGGAACAUCUCUUUUGGGCUACUUCCUCUCGCUGUUCUUCUUUGCCUUGGGUUGUGAGAAUGCCAAAGUGGCUGGUAUCACUGUGUCAUAUGAUGGGGUAGAGAAUAUCUCCACUGACGAGAGCUCGCUAUUUGUGAGCUGUAAUGCAGACUGUCUGUGCUCAGAGACUGAAUGGGACCCGGUGUGUGGCGAGAAUGGUCUCACGUAUGUCUCUGCGUGCCUGGCUGGGUGCCGGAUGUCUCGUGGCUCUGGAGUGGACAUGACGUUUGAGCAGUGCAGCUGUGUGGCAGGGGGAAACCUUACUGCCUAUGUGGGGCAGUGUAGACAUAGGGAGAGCUGCCAGCGAGUAUUCCCCUAUUUCCUGGCUUUGUCUGUCAUCACUUCCUUUAUCAUCUCCCUGGGUGGAACACCAGGAUACAUGCUACUAAUCAGAUGUAUCAAGCCAGAGCUGAAGUCCCUCGCUUUAGGAUUUCACACCCUGACAACACGCACUCUAGCUGGCAUCCCAGCUCCAAUAUACUAUGGAGCAAUCAUUGACACCACAUGUCUGAAAUGGGGCCAUAAGAAGUGUGGAGGAAAAGGAGCAUGUAGAAUCUACAACACUACUGCCUACAGGAUAGCAUAUCUGGGCCUAACGCUGGGCCUCAGGACAGCCUCCUUCUUCCUCUGUGCGCUGGGUUUGCUGAUCUUACAGUGGCAUGUCAAGAGGCAGAAGACCAGAACACUGUCUAAUGGAAGCACUGUCACAGAACUGCAAGCUCUGAGAAAAGAGGAAAUCAGCAACUCGGAUCAGUCCCCACGGACCUCAGAUUAUGACCCUGAGAGGGAGACACGCUUGUGACAAUACUUUUAUUUGUAGAGCAAAAAAAAAAAAAUCUACUGAACAAUGUGAAGUACAGAACAUUGCUAUGCUGACAUUGGAAGAAGUCACUGAAUGUACAUGUUUGUAGGUAUAAAAAUCGGGGGAAGAUUUCUUUUUUAAUUAUCUCAGUGUUGUUAAUUGUGGAAAAGCUUACUUUUUAACAGGAAAGCAAAAGUCUUAUUUUUGUCUGUAUUUUUCUAAAUACUACAUUUAUUAUACUGCCAUGUGAGUGUACUAUUGGAAUGGUGAAUUAAAAUGCCAUCCAUGGUUUUAUUUGACAGUAAUUUGGAGCACUGUUAAUGGACAUUUAAUGUUAUUAGUCGUUAGUUGUAUACGUGCAUCUGAGACAAGACAAUCGACAAUUUUAAAGUUGCCAAUGCUGAGUAUUUAGUAUGAGUACUGAUCUAGGAUCUUGCCUGUAGAUAUCAGAGACACUGGGCUUAACAAAACAGAUAUUUCAAUAUUUGUGCAUCAUGCACACGUACAUAUUUCUUUCAAUAUGCUAGGAUAGCUUGCAUGAAGCUUGCCAUAGAAAAUAUGUCUGCUGUAUGUGCAGUGGGUAGGCUGACUGUGAGCACAAGUGCAGCCUAACCACUAUCUGGCCAUCACUUGUACAAUCACACAUUUUAGUCAGUCACAACAGUUGUGCUAAGAGCAUGAGCCAUGAGAUUCAAAAAUAGGUCAAUGAUCUUAACCACCUAGUGUUUCAUCUGCUGUUUCUAUGGUGGGGGGGGGGGGGGGGGUGUCAUGUCAUAGAAGUGCAAAUUUUUGUGAUUGUGUUAAAGAGAGGAGCAGACCUGUCGACUGAUCAACACUUGGUGGUGAGUAGGAUUCAUCAUAGAGGGUGCUGGCCAGAUUUACCUGGUAAACCCAGGAGACCCUUGCAGGUUGCUUGAACAUGUCAGGCAGAAGCUUCAGUGAGAGAAGAAUUUAACCCACACCUCUGAAAGCACUUCUCCCAUGUACAGAGUGGGGAAAGAGACAUUGAGUCUGUUCAAGUCCUCACCUGUAGUGGCAGCUGCAAGAAGCUGUGGCUGAAAGGCUGGUGGUGCCUGUCGUGGUGGUAUCCAAGAACGCUGGAAGUAGGGGUGCAGAGGGAUGCAAGUGCUAACAUAAUAAUAAACAAAUACAGAGAUAGAAAUUUUAAACAAACUUAAAAAUGUAGUAUUUUGAUUAGAUUUUGAGUAUGUCAGAGAUACACUAGAUGGCCAAAACUAUGUGGUUCUUCCCCAAGCUGUUGCCACAAAGCUGUAAACACACAGUUUCCCUUCACUGGAACUAAGAGGCUCAAACCUGUUCCAGCAUGACAAUGCCCCUGUGCACAAAGCGAGCUCCAUGAAGACAUGGUGUGUGAAGGUUGGAGUGGAAGAACUCGAGUGUCCUGCACAGAGCCCUGACCUCAACCCCACUGAACACCUUUGGGAUGAACUGGAACACCGACUGAACCCCAGACCUCCUCGACAUCCCAACAUCAGCGCCUGACCUCACUAAUGCUCUUGUAGCUGAAUGAACACAAAUCCCCACAGCCACGCUCCAACAUCUAGUGGAAAGCUUCCCAGAAGAGUGGAGCUUAUUAUAACAGCAAAGGGGGAAUAAAUCUGGAAUGAGAUGUUCAACAAGCACAUAUGAAUGUUAUGGUUAGAUGUCCACAAACUUUUGGCCAUAUAGUGAUUUAUUCCUCUUACACCACAGCAAUUUGCCAAUAAUUGCAAUGUUUAAUUUAUUAAUGAAGGAAACAUCAUGCUUUAAGUGUUUAUAGUUACAUUUAAUGUUAUGGAACAUGUGUGAGCAUUCAGGACAGAGGACUUUGCGGUUUCUCUAUAACAUGGGAAGCUGUGGGGUUUUUUUGUCUCUAACGUCACAAGAAAGAAAUAAAAGAGAGACUGGUGAGGGAAUGACUGUAUAUAGCUGCUAUAAUAUGAGGAAGUAGCAACCAUGUCAAACUGACUGACACUCCUGCAAUAAAUGCUAAAUAAAGGUCUCCUAACAGAAAACAUCACCAUAAAAAUGAUUAGCCUAUACGUUUUUCUUUGUUCUAUAACAAGUUGAAAAUAUUCAGAUCUGUGCUGCUAUAAUAAAUUAAUCAACACCUUCUGAUUCAAAAAUUCGGCAGCGCUGUGGUAUAAUUAUUGUAAUGAACACAGUCUCUGUUAAAAGAAAAAUUAUUCAGGUGUGACAUCAAUAUGCUGCUAAAAAUUGCAGCACUCCCAAUGUGAAUUAGCUUCCCACACCACUGGGGGUAUCCCUAGGACAUGCUGGUAGACAACAGUUGUGAGGGAACUUGUCAAGUUGAAGAAGGAAGCUUUCUGAGUAAUGCCAGUGGAAGGCUUUCCUGAUUCAGUGGAGAGAUUCAGCCAGAAGGGCCGUGUCACAAGCAGUUGCAGAAGUGAAUGUUCAGGCAUAGACGUUUGGGGAGCCCAUGGAAAAAGACUUUCAGUCGGUCUCAAAUAUGUUCUGGCGAACUUAUGAAAGGGAGACAAGACUAUGCACAAGCUCUGCUGAGCAAGAAUAGGGGGGUGUUGACCUCUUCUGAUGAUUUUGUUGAGCAAAUGAAAGAGAGCUUUGAGGAACUCUCUAAUCCAGUGGACAUGCUCUCCAUUCAGGAGGCAGUGCCAGAAAUCUCUGGAGUCCAGCACUGUGACUGAAGUUACAUCCCCCUUGUUUAUAGAUGAUGAUGAUGAUGUUCUCUUAGGACCAUUCAAAGUAGACCUCCAACACAAACUUUUGCAUGUUUGAUAUUGAGUGUGAAGUGGCUGGGCUGAACAUCAGCACCUCCAAGUCUGGGGUGAUGGUUCUCUUCUGGAAAAGAGUGAGACAAGUGAUGGAAAAAGAGAGCAUGAGAUGAGAGUCAGCAGCAGCAGUGUUAUUGUCACUGUAUCACCCUGAGGCGGAGCUUAGUUUGCAUGUGAAGUUCUCUGUGUAAUGGUCAAUUUACCUCCCCAUCCUCACCUAUGGUUGCUGGGUUUACUCUCCGUGACAUGGUGACAAUCUGGGAAAGCCCAGAGUACAGCCGCUGCUCCUCCAGAUUGAAUCCCCACUAGAGCUGUAUCAGAUCCCCAGAUAGACCCAGGACCUGCCUGAGAAAUUGUAUUUCACAGCUGGCCUAGGAAUGUCUGAAAAUUCAAAGGUGAUGUGUUGGAAGCAGGAAAAAUGGGCAAGCAUAAGGAUCUGAGUGACUUUGACAAGGGCCAAAUUGUGACGGCUAGACGACUGGAUCAGAGCAUCUCCAAAAGAGCAGGUAUUGUGGGGUGUUCCCGGCGUGCAGUCGUUAGUACCUACCAAAAGUGGUCCAAGAAAGGACAACUGGUGAACCAGAGACAGGGUCAUGAGCGCCCAAGGGAGCGCGUGGGGAGUGUAGGCUAGUCCGUCUGGUCCGAUCACACAGAAGAGCUACUGUAUCACAAACUGCUGAAAAAGUUAAUGCUGGCUAUGAUAGGAAAGUGUCAGGACACACAGUGCAUCCAUGGAGGCCCCACCUCGCAACAACUUGGUGCCAGAUACCACAGUACACCUUCCGAGGUCUUGUGGAGUCCAUGCCUUGACGGGUCAGAGCUGUUUUUGUGGCAUAAGGGGAACCUACACAACAUUAGGCAGGUGGUUUUAAUGUUAUGGCUGAUCCGUGUAUUUACCAAAAUGGUGGAAUGAUAUUCACCAAUUUCUGGAAAUCAUUUCACUGUGAUACUUCUUAUACCCUCACGUAUAGUUUACUCUUCUUAAAUGAAGAAUUGAAAAAAAAAACAUUGCUGCUUUUUUAUUUAAAAACGUGUUUUAUAAACUUAGAUUUAUUGCUUUGACUGUUCACAAGAGUUGUAUAGAAGUAAUAUAGAAAAAGUAGAACAAAAUGCAUAAAUGCAAACUAUACAUUUCAGCUAAAUAAAAUGACUAACAUAUAAUAGCCUUAAAUAACUACUUAAAUAUACAGUACUGCUUUAGGCACAAUCACUUUUUGUUACAGAUGUUUAUUUUAU